AAGAAAAAAAAAUACUUGAAGAGUGUCAAGAAAAAGCAGAAAAAUAAAGAAAUUCUGUAAGAAAAAUCACGAAAAUAGUGAAAUCGAGCGAAAAAGUGCUGAAAAAAAGUCGGGAAAAAAUAUUAUUCGAAAAAAAAUAAAAUUUCAUACUUAUAAGAAACAUUUUACUCGACAGCCACGUCUUUUUACACAUGUGUGCGUGCUCCCGUAGAUACACAUUGUUACAUACACUUGUGCUGAAAUGAAUAAAAAAUAAUUUAAAAUAAAAAAAUAAGAAAAAUCCAUAUCAAUGAUUUUUUUGAAAAAUUAUAAAAAAAAGCAAUUAAUGAAAAAAAAGUGCAUUAAAAAUCAAAUCAAAAAAAAUUAAAUCAAAUGUUGGUGCAAUUCCUAAUAUUAUCAUAACAUGAUAGUAACGUCAAAUAUCAAAGUAACAACAACAUAUCAAGAAGCAGAAAAAAAUCCAGCGAAAAAAGUUUUAUUUUGUAAAUUAAGUGAGAGAAAGCUUGAAAGUGGUUGGGAUCAAACAGCAACCCGAUUCCUUUCCAAGCUACAUCGGAGGAAAAGGACCGUCGAAGAAGCAGAGCUUGGCUUGCCACGAAGCGAACGUCGCCGCCUCCCCCAAAACGUACCUCUUCGCCGAUCACGAAGAUAAUGAUCAAAAGCCGAAAUCCAUUAUAAAUCGAUGUUACCAAUGUCUAUUAUUUUACACAUGUUCCCAAAUGUUAUUCCAGAACAAACGCAAGAGUCUUUCGAAGAGACUGUGGCGGGCUCGUUUGCCCUCCGCAUCAAACAAUCAUCAUCAUCAGCAAUUUCAUCAACAACCGAUGGAGAUCACGUAUUCCUUCAUCGGUACCGGCGGCGAAGGAGGCGGCGGCGCACGAAAUGUCUUCCGCGAUUGUUGCUCAAACGCAACGACGACGACAGCGCCAUCUACGCGCGUUCCAUCGCCAAAUCGAAACGUGGCGCCCGAGGAAUACGCACGCUACCAAAUGUUCUUGGAGCUCAUCGGAAAUCUCAAGGACAAGCAGCUAGAAACGCUAAAUCAUGCCAUCAGUGUCGAGUGUGCGACGUCGUCGAAUGGCGACGAUUUGACAGCGACCUCAAACGUCAAAAUUACGUCAGACUGUGUGCUGAUACCGAAAGGGGUUUGUCGCACAGCCGAAGCGCAUUUUAUUGCAUGCCAAGUAUGGCGAUGGCCCGACUUACGAUCAUUCGAAGAACUCAAAAGAAUUCCAUCGUGCUCGAGUCGGCAGGAUCCCAUUUAUGUUUGUUGCAAUCCGGCGCAUUGGAGUCGUGUCUGUGAAACAGAGACUCCUCCGCCUCCCUAUGAUCAAAUUCCGAUGGAGAGACUGAUAGACGAACACGUUCAAAGAUAUCCCGGAUCACUCACUUACGAUGGAAAUGAAGGAUCCCUCGGAUGGGCGAAACUGGCUUAUUGGGAGUUUGACAAACGUGUUGGUCGCCAAUACCCAAUCGUUGAGCCAACAAUAAAUAUUUUUUCGGAACAAGUACUGCAUGGUGACGGCUUGUGUCUAACGGCAUUGGCGAAUCAUCAUCAUCAGGGACAUUGUACGCAACCAAGUGAAUCAGUAUUGAAAACUAGACGAAAAAUUGGAUUAGGCAUUAUUUUAAGUCGCGAAUCAGAUGGUGUUUGGCUGUAUAAUCGUUCAACAUCUCCCGUUUUUGUACAUUCACCAACGCUUAAUGAAAUUGAUUUUAGGCAGUUAAACGUAUUAAAAGUACCUCCUGGUCAUUGUCUCAGGGCCUUUGAUCCAUAUAGGGCUUCUGAACAACAAACGCUGCAGGAAUUACAGCCAGGAAAUGUGUUAGCGGGCGGCAUGCAAGUCGGUCCCAUCGACGUUUAUAGUUUUAGAAUUAGCUUUGCCAAAGGUUGGGGUCAAAAUUACUCACGACAAGAUGUGACCCGAUGCCCAUGUUGGUUACAAGUAAUGCUAAGUCCAUCACGGUGACAGUUAGCAACGUCAACAACGAAGCAACAUUCUCCACAAAAAGGGAACGACAACGACGAUGACAGCAAAAAAACAGCAACAACAGUCAAUUUCUUGUAAAAAAAAAAUCAAAAAUUUUGAGAGAUAAUUUUAUUUAUUAUUUAAAAAAAAUCCGUUAAUUUAUAAAACAAAAUAUUUUUUUUUGCCAUGAAAUUUAAAUUUUGAAAAAAAAAUGUUACUUAAGAUAAAACAAAAAUUUUUGCGUACUGCCUUUCUUAUAAAUAAAAAAAAAAUAAAUUAAAAAAAAAACAAAUUUU